AUGCUUUUUGAUUUUUGUAUAGCUCAUAAAUUUUAUCUACUAACGAUUGGUGCCGCCGGUUUGUACUUCAUUAUCAAAUAUUACAGAAGAAAGCGAUUGGAACGUAAUGAAAGAAUAAAUGGUUAUUUGGAAUGCCGUUCUCUUGAUGAUUUUGAACAUUUAGCUAAAAAAAUACUAUUGCCCCACCGUUUCAAUUAUUUUAGUUAUCAAGUUGGCUAUGGUUGCACAUAUCAGGCUUCUCGAGAAUAUUUUAAUCGACGUUUGAGAAUUGUACCAAGAGCGUUAACUGAUGUGAGCGAAAUAUCAUUACAAACAACAAUAUUCGAUCAUACAUAUAAUAAUCCAAUAAUUAUAGCACCAACAGCAUUUCAUCGUCUAGCACAUAAUGAUGGUGAAUGGGCUACGGCACAAGGUGCAACAAUUGCGGAAUCAAUUUAUAUAUAUAAUUGGACUUUAUCGACUGUUUCAGUAGAUGAUGUGCUAAAAACAAAAGGUCCAAAAUGGCUACAUGUUUAUUUAUCAUCUCCAAAAACAUUAUUGGAACAAUCAAUAUUAUUGGCUGAACAACAGUCAUUCAAAGCUAUUGUUGUUACAUGUGAUCAUCCACACGAUCGAAUUAGAUCAAUUCAUAAAGCAGCGUUUAUUCAAGCGACUGAUCGUGAACAAGAUAAGGAAUUGACAAAACUAAUGUACUUGCCUAAUACUAGACAGGAGAGUAUACGGACUCAACAGAGAUUAGAUGAGCAUACACCAAACGAAAAAUUAACGUGGAAGGAAUUCCAGUGGUUAAGAACAUUAACAAAAUUACCUAUAGUUUGUAAAGGAAUUUUAUCUGUAGACGAUGCAAAAUUAGCUUUAGAAUAUGGUGCUGAUGGAAUUGUGGUCAGUAAUCAUGGUGGUCGCCAGGUAGAUAGUGGACUAUCAGCUAUUGAAUGUUUAAAAGAAAUCGUAGAAUUCGUUAAUGGUCGUUGUGAAGUGUUUAUUGAUAGUGGCAUACGAACGGGAACAGAUGUGUUGAAAUGUUUAGCUUUGGGUGCUAGAGGUGUUCUUAUUGGUCGUCCUAUUUUGUAUGGUUUGGCAUGUGGAGGGCAUAAUGGGGUGGAAGCGGUACUUAAUUUAUUAAAGCGAGAAUUGAUGUACGAUAUGGCUAGUUGUGGUCUAACAAGAAUUGAGCAAAUCAAUGAACGAAUACUGUAUAAACAUCGUCAAUGA